AUGGCCGACACACCCUCUAACAACGCCGCCGCCCCUGCCAAGAACCCGGACUCCGAAGCUCCUGUCGAGCAGGACGCACCCACCACCGAUGUCCAGGAAUCACAGCCGGAGGAGGAUAGUGCCGAGCUGCCUGAUGAUGCCCCGUUCGUCGUCAAGGUCGUGCUCCCGCACGACAAUGAGCCGAUGGAGCUCCCGGUAUCCCCUCUCGAGCAAAUCCACGAGAUUCGGCAAUCCGUCAUCGAGCACCCGGUAGCCGUGCAAUAUUCCUGCUUCCACCUCGAACACAACGGUCAACGUAUCAACGACUUUGUCCAAGUCUCCGACGUCGAGGGCCUUGCCGCCGGCUCCGAGCUGCACGUCAUCCAGGACCCCUACACGGAGAAGGAGGCAAGAAUUCACUUUAUUCGGAUCCGGGAACUGAUUGGGGCCGCUGGGGAUCGUACCGACACCGCGUUGGGCAUUCUCGCCGGUGCCUCGAUCCACGAUGAUAUCGUCGCUGCGGCGGCUGAGGAGGCUGAGAAGGAGGUUCAGCCCUAUGAUUUCACAUCAACACCGAGCCUCUCGGUCCUGCUUCCGAAAGAGCUACCGCCUGCUCCCAAGACUGUCAAACAGAUCACCCUCUCCCCAUGGAACCCGCCUCCGGCUCAGUGGCGGCAAAAGGGCCACCUGCUCUACCUAGCCAUUACCACGAACGAGGGCGAGCAGUUCCAGGUGACAGCCCACGCCGGUGGGUUCUUCAUCAGCAACUCUAACAAGGACAAAUUCAACCCGACGGCCCGGACGGACGCCAAGGGUGCCUCGGCUCACUCGCUAUUCACCCUUCUCGACAAGAUCUCACCUUCGUUUACCAAGUCGUUUAACGAGCUCCAGCAGUUUACGAGCACCAGAGAGCCCCUGGCGACCUUCCAGAUCGGCAACACCGUCCCCUCGGCCCCCUGGAUCGUUCCCUCCGCGACAUCGCCACUGCUCGCUCACAUCUCCGACUCGACCCGGCCGCAGGAGACUUUCUUGCUAAGCGGCGCCGAGAACACGGAUUCGUUGCGGGACUGGAACGAGGAGUUCCAAUCCGCCAAAGAACUCCCCAAGGACGGCAUCCAGGACCGCGUUUUCCGGGAACGGCUGCUCGCCAAGUUGUACGCCGACUACAACGAUGCUGCGGCCCGCGGUGCGGUGCUCGUAGCCCGUGGCGAGGUUGCGCCCCUCAACCCUACCGAGGGCCGGGACGCGCAGAUCUUUGUCUACAACAACGUCUUCUUCUCCUUCGGUGCUGACGGUGUCGGCACCUUCACGACCGAGGGUGGCGAUGAGGCUGCGCGGGUUGCUACUGGCAAGGAUGUCCAUGGUGUCAAGCUCGUGAACCAGCUCGACAUUGACGGCCUGUACACCCCCGGCACCAUCGUCGUCGACUAUAUGGGCAAGCGCAUUGUCGGUCAGAGCAUCGUCCCGGGCAUCUUCAAGCAGCCCGAGCCUGGUGAGAACCAGAUCCACUACGGCGCUUUGGAUGGCAAAGAUAGUGUUGUUGCCGACCAGAGCUUCGCGCCCUCCUUCGAGAAGCUCGCUCAGUCCCUGCGCGUCAAGAAACACCCGGUGUGGGACAAGGAUAACAAGCGGUUUGACCUAGAGGCUAGCGUUGAAAUGAAGGGCCUUCUCGGCACAGACGGGCGCAAGUAUGUCUUGGACUUGUACCGUAUCACGCCCCUGGAUAUCGCCUGGAUGGAGGACAGCGACCUCGAAGGUGCUGAGUACCCCCACCGGAUGCCCAUCCUGCGCCACGAGCUUGUGGAAGCUCUCGGCAAGCAAAAGGCUCGCGAGUUCGUCAAUGCCGAGCUCCAGAAGCGCAACGCUUUGAAGGGCCAGGGUGAGGCCGAGGGUGCCAAGGAUGGUGCCAAGGAGGAAAAGUCUGAGAAGACUGAGAAGGCCGAGAAGGCCGAGAAGCCCAAGAAGGAGGCCGAGGAAAGUGAAGAGGAGAGCGACGAGGACAGCGAGGACGAUAGCGAAGAAGAAAGCGAGGAAGAGAAGAAGCCGGACAACGACCGGAUAGACAUGUCUGCCUUCAAGUUCGCGCUCAACCCGGAUGUCUUCAGCGGCCAAAACCCGCAGACGGACGAGGAGAAGGCGGAAAUGGCUAAGGACGAGCAAGAGGUCCGCGACGCAUGCACCUAUCUGCGCGACAGCGUCAUCCCCUCACUCAUCCGGGAUCUCAGCGAGUCGGACAUCAGCUUCCCCAUGGACGGCCGGUCACUCACAUCUCUCCUGCACCGCCGUGGUAUCAACCUGCGGUACCUCGGCAAGCUGGCGUCGCUUAGCGACAACAGCCGCCUUCAAUGCCUCCGCGAUGUCUGCGUCCGCGAGAUGAUUGCCAGGGCCUUCAAGCAUGUCGCUGCCAAGUACCUUAAGACGCUGCCGCUAGCGCUUACCUCGUCUUGCUACUCUCACCUCUUCAACUGCCUCUUGGGCGCCGAGUUGAACCCCAAGCCGGUGGCUGAGGUUGACGAGUCUUACCGUUCCCUCUUUGACGAGGCCGACCUCGCCUUCGAGAAAGUCACCCCCGAGAGCCUCAGGGAAGAGGUCCGGGGAGAAGUUGCUCGCCGUUUCAGGUUCGCCCUGUCCGAAAACUGGUCGACCGAGGUCCGGCGUGUGCAACUGCUCCGUGAGAUCAGCCAGAAGCUUGGUCUGCAGAUCCAGAUCAAGAACUUCCGCUUCACCGAGGCCGACCCAGUAUCUGCUCCCCAAACCAACGGCCACGCCCAAGCCGAGGCCACCAGCACAAGCGCUAGCAGCAAGAAAAAGAAGAACAAGAAGGCUCGGGAGAGCUCGCCGUCAAACACCCCGUCGCCCGUCGUGGCGCCUCACACCUUCAGCCCCGAUGACUUUGUCAACAUCGUGCCCAUUAUUAAGGACUCGUGCCCGCGUAGUACGCUGGCCGAGGAGGCUCUUGAGGCCGGCCGUCUCUCCAUCUACCAGAACCAGCGCAAGCUGGGCGAGGACCUACUCCUGGAGUCCCUGUCCCUCCACGAGCAGAUCUACGGUCUCGUGCACCCGGAGGUCGCGCAAAUGUACCACACGCUCUCGCAACUGUACUUCCAGCUCGAACAAAAGGACGCCGCCGUCGAGCUCGCCAAGAAGGCCGCCAUCGUGGCCGAGCGCACCGUCGGCCUUGACUCAGCUGAGACAGUCCUCAACUACCUCAACCUCAGCCUAUUCCUCCACCAGCGCGGCGACAGCAAGCUCGCGCUCGGCUACGCCAAGCACGCCCUCGACAUCUGGAAGGUCAUCUACGGCCCGGACCACCCCGACACCAUCACCACCACCAACAACUACGCCGUGAUGCUGCAGAGCCUCAAAGCCUACCACGAAUCGCGCCGCUGGUUCGAAGAAUCCCUCCGCGUGUGCGAGAAGGUCUUCGGCCGGCAGUCCAUCAACUCAGCCACGCUGCUCUUCCAGCUAGCCCAGGCCCUGGCCUUGGACCAGGACGCCAAGGCCGCCGUCGACCGCAUGCGCGAGAGCUUCAACAUCUUCCGCACCGCCCUCGGCCCAGACGACAAGAACACCAAGGAAGCCGAGCACUGGCUCGAGCAGCUCACCCACAACGCCGUGUCCAUCGCGAAACAGGCUAAGGACCUGCAGGCGCGCCGCGCCCGCGCGGGUUACCGUUUCGCCUCGCGUGGCGUUAGCGUCGGCACCACGGGCGGUGCCGCGGCUGGUGGGGGUCCUGCUGUGGUGCCUGGUGGUGGUGUUACGGGCGACCUGGCGGGCGGGCCGUCACCGCUGCCGUCGAUGGAUAGUCGGACGAUUGAUGAGUUGGUGCGGUAUAUCGAGGGCACGGACAAGAAGAAGAAAAAGAAGGCUGGUGGUGCCGGUGGUGGGAAGAAGCCGGCUGGGAGGGGCAACCCGAAGAGGAGGGGCGGCGCAGCUGGGAGCGCUUAA